AUGUGGCCCAGCAGCAGGCACAGAGGUGGCUGCAGGCACCAGUGGAACCAGCUCUGCUCCCCCGUUCCCUGGUUCCCAUUGCUCGCUGCUGGUACGGAUGCAGAAGCCCUUGGCGUGGAGAGCCAGCAGCACAUGAGCUGUGGUCCUGGCAUGGCCUGGCUGGACGGUGCUGGGCAGGACACCCUGGCUGGAGGAAGGGGCCGCCUGGACCAGGACCUGGCAGAGGGUAAUGCCAGCGUGGAGCCCCCCAGCAGUCUGAUUGCCCCGGAGCGUGGCUGUGCCUGGACCCCCUCGGCUGAGGACGGUGAGGAGCCCCUGCGGCUGCCCACCUUCUCCUCUGCUGCCCAGGCCCGUGUGGCCGUCACCUUCGCUCUCUUCGCCCUCUCUGCUGGCUGCAACCUGGCGGUGCUGCGGGCGGCAGGCGGGCGGCGGGGUGGGCGGCGCUCCCACAUCCACCUGCUGCUGCUGCACCUGGCCGCCGCAGACCUCCUGGUGACAGUGGCAGUGAUGCCGCUCGACGCUGUCUGGAACAUCACACUGCAGUGGCGGGCGGGCGACCUGGCCUGCCGCCUGCUCAUGUACCUCCGGCUGCUGGCCAUGUACGCCUCUGCCUUUGUCACCGUUGUCAUCAGCCUGGAUCGGCAGGCCGCCAUCCUGCGCCCACUGGCCAUCGCCCGCGCCCGCAGAAGAAACCGCAUCAUGCUCUACAUUGCCUGGCUCCUCAGCGCGGGGCUCUCGGUGCCGCAGCUCUUCCUCUUCCACACGGUCACCCUUCGUCCCCCGCACAACUUCACUCAGUGCACCACGCGGGGCAACUUCCCCCAGCCCUGGCAUGAGACCCUCUACAACAUGCUGGGCUUCACCUGCCUCUUCCUGCUGCCGCUGCUCAUCAUGGUCUGCUGCUAUGCACGCAUCCUCCUGGAGAUCUCCCGGCGCAUGGGCUCCAGCCUCUUUUCCUCUCGGGACCUGUCGCUGCGGUGCUCCAGGAACAACAUCCCGCGUGCACGGCUGCGCAUGCUGAAGAUGAGCCUGGUCAUCGUCUCCUCCUUUAUCCUCUGCUGGACGCCCUACUACCUGCUGGGGCUGUGGUACUGGUUCUGCCCACGGGUGAUGGAGAAGACAGUGUCACCGGCCCUCACCCACAUCCUCUUCAUCUUUGGCCUCUUCAAUGCCUGCCUGGAUCCCAUCACCUACGGGCUCUUCACCAUCCCCUUCCGGAAGGGCUGGGGUUGCCCCUGCAGGCACAGCCCCAAGCCCCAGCUGCCCUCGACAGCCACUGGCUCCUUCCACUGCUCGGCCUCCUCGCUGCCACCGAAGCAGUGCGUUCUGAGGCCACAGGGGUGUCCGGUGCCCGCUGGGGCCGGCUCCUGCCAGAGCAGCUCGCUGUGA